UUUGUCUAUAUUUCAUUUUUAUACAAAAAGUGGAACAUACCUUUCCCUUUUAUAUCUUGCCUUUUAAGCACUCUUUUCCCUUCUCUCAUUUUCAUUUUUUUCCUUCUCUUCUCUUACUUUCUAUCUCUCUCUCUCAGCCUGAGAAAAUUGUUCUUCAUACUUGAGAGCAUGCCUGAAUGUCCAGAGAAAGGGAGAGAGUUGACGAGAUAGGCAAAAAGAUCAAGAGAGAAGCAGAUGUUUCAUCUAAUCAUCAGAUGGGGAGAAGACACAUGUUGGGUCCUCCUGGAACCCUAAAUACCAUUACACCUUGUGCUGCUUGCAAACUCUUGAGGCGUAGGUGUGCUCAAGAAUGCCCCUUUUCUCCAUAUUUCUCCCCCCAUGAGCCCCAAAAGUUUGCUUCUGUUCACAAAGUCUUUGGUGCUAGCAAUGUCUCAAAGAUGCUAAUGGAAGUACCGGAAAGCCAAAGAGCUGACACGGCGAAUAGUCUUGUUUAUGAGGCUAAUGUGAGGCUAGGAGAUCCUGUCUACGGGUGCAUGGGUGCAAUUUCAGCUUUGCAGCAGCAAGUUCAAUCUUUACAAGCUGAACUAAAUGCAGUAAGGGCUGAGAUAAUAAAAUACAAGUAUAGGGAAGCUAACCUUUUAUCCUCUUCCCAUGUAGCCUUGCUCUCUCCUGGUGUUGUUUCAAUUGCUGCACCACCACAACCAGCACCAAUACAGCCACCAACUCCACCACCUGCUCUUCCUCCUACUCCUACUUCUUCCAUGUACACCCAACGUACCACUACGGCAGACUAUAGCACUAUUUCAAAUGAAAAUGUUUCCUACUUUGGAUAAAAAGUAUUACCUAGACUACUGAAAUUAAAAUAUCCCAUUUAUUUUUCUCUAUUAUGAAGCAAAUUGAAUAAAAAGAGGAAGAGAU